AUGACGGGCCCGAUUCACACAUACGGUCAAAGCUGCUUACUAUCGGACGAGGAACCAGAUCUCGCCAGCUUCCAGACACUUCCCGAUCCACCAGAGAUCCGGGCGCAGUUCUUUUAUGUCUCGUCGUUGCCAAUCGACGAUCCACUAGCGGCUCUGCCACCGCCUGCUACUCAAGGAGCUGGGAAUGAGAGGAUACCCCCUAAGCCGUUCUCCGCUAGGGAUAACAUCGCGCUGGAGGGUGCUUGGCGCGAUCUACGGGAGGCGAGGAAAGCCAAAAUCGCGGGACAACGUGAAUCCAGGCCUGCAACCUCGAAAGGGCCUUCUGGGAUAGCUGUUCCAGGUCAUGAGUCGGGGUCAAAUAUUCAGAACCGCCCCAAGACCUCCAGUCGAGAAGAUCCAGGUUGGAUAGGUAGCAGAGAGAGCACCGUCAGCAAUACUCCUUCAUUCCCAGACGAUGUACCUUCUCGAAGUCACAAGUCUCAGCUCGCGUUUGCGACCGGCUCUGGGGUACGAGCGCAAGAUUUCGGAAACGUAGAUCGCGUGGGAUCAUCGUCGGAUGAUGGCAUGAAACAUGAUACCCCUACUGGUAUCGCUAUUGAUCGGAAACGAGCGCGUUCUUCUUCUGUGAAUGAGUCCAUCGCUGCCAAGAGAAGAAGUAGCUCGACUUUGGAUCCAGAGAAUGGCGAUGCUGGCAACGAGGAGAUGGGCAAUAUACGAGCCAAUCGUUCUCGUGAUGCAAGCAUCAGUGGCUCGCCUUUCAUACGUGCGCCUACCUCUCAGUCUCAUACGCCACUCGGUCGGUCAUAUGAGUCUACUUCCUCGAAGGACGGAGGACAGGAAUGGCAGUCUGAAGUACGAGUCAACACUGCUCCCCGGAGUGCACCAAAGCCCUCGGGCCUCAGAACGACAGUGAGCCUGGAUCAGUUGACACAAGACUCAGAGGGUGAGAGGACAGAAGAGCCGAACACGCAAUUAAAGAUCCCAGUGGGCGUUUCGCGGCUUCAUUUAGUUGAGUUGCCGAAUCUCAAGAUGAAACCGAUAUACUGGAGCCCUCUCCAGGACAUAUCUAGUGUUGUUCGGGCUACUUGGUUUUACAAAAACACCAUGUAUCCCGUUGAGGCGGAGCUUGCUAACAAAUUGGAGGAAGGAUACGUCUACUUGAAGCCUUGGAGUGAUACCUGGCAAGAUGAGCUGAAUAGCUGUGUGGAAAACGGUGCUGAUGCUGAGAUGAAAAUUGUCCAUCCACUGUGGACAAGGGAAGAAGCCGCCUCUACCAGUCAACCUACAAAUGAACCAGGUCCUGCAAAUGGCGACCCCGAGUCGAAUCGAGCAGAUUAUUUGUUGACUUUUGACAAUAACCAAGCCGCCGGCGGCACUUCUCUUCAGUCCGAGAACAUCAAACCCUAUCUCACAUCCAGUGCUAUCUUCGUCGAUGCGGUCAACGCCCAGAUACUUCGACCAAGCCUACUUCCCUCAUCCUCGAGGGGACGAAAACCUCUGGGAGCAAUCAGGAAGGGGAGGCAGAUAGGGAUACCGGUGGUCCGAGGCUUUAAUCGAAAGCUAUGGGAGCAACUACAUCCAUCCAAGCCCAAUCCCAUCGAUGUCCGCCAUUACAUCCGCAAAACCCAAUCCCAGGAACCCUCAGUUCCAGGUGAGCAAGUAUGUUACGCUUGCAAGAUGGAAGAGUCGCGGCCACCUCCGACAGACUUGGUACUCGUCAUCCACGGUAUCGGACAGAAGCUCUCUGAGAGGAUGGAAAGCUUCCAUUUCACACAUGCCAUCAAUGCAUUCCGACGAGAAGUCAAUAUGGAGCUCAACAAUGAACCUGUCUGGCCACAUGUGCGCCAAGAUCAUGGAGGAAUCAUGGUGCUUCCCGUAAAUUGGCGCACCAAGCUAUCCUUGGAUGACCCCGAUAUCGAAGCGGGCGUCGAGGACCCGACCGCUAAUAAUUUCUCGCUGGACGAUAUCACACCCCAAACGCUUCCAGCCGUUCGAUCUUUGAUCAGUGACGUGAUGCUCGAUAUCCCGUACUAUCUCUCACAUCACAAGCCGAAGAUGGUCAAGGCGGUAGUGAAAGAAGCGAAUCGCGUGUAUCGCCUCUGGUGUAAAAAUAACCCAGGGUUCCAAGAAAACGGCCGUGUACAUCUUCUUGCCCAUUCCCUUGGAAGUGUCAUGGCCAUAGAUAUUCUCAGUAAUCAGCCAACACAUGUGCCUCGCUUUGACUUUUCCGAUACUGCACUGCACAGCGAUAUCUUCGAGUUUGAUACUACACAACUGUUCCUCUGUGGAAGCCCGGUUGGCUUCUUCCUACUUCUGAAUAAAGCUAGUCUUCUACCCCGGAAAGGCAGAGAUAAACCAGGCAGUGAAGGUGACGACAGACUGCGUGGUGUAGCCGGUGAACCAGGUCAAUAUGGAUGUCUCGCAGUGGACAAUCUAUACAACAUAAUGCACACAACCGACCCAAUCGCCUACCGCGUCAAUGCAGCAGUAGACAGUGACCUCUCCAACUCCCUAAAAAUGGCGUCAAUCCCAAGCUCCAGCUCAACAUUCUGGCAAUCCUUCGGCAGUGUCUUCCGCUGGAGCUCAGCACCAACAUCUUUCCUACCCUCAGCAGACCCAACCCGACCAGCAGCAGUCUCGAAACUCCCAUCGAACGUCGAGCUGGAGACACACGACUUCACCCGUGAGGAAAUUGCCGAGAAACGAAUGCUUCUUCUCAAUGAUAAUGGCCAGAUUGAUUAUUAUCUUUCUGGCGGUGGGGGCCCGCUGAAUAUUCAGUACCUCAAUAUGUUGAGUGCGCAUAGUAGUUACUGGACUCUCGGUGAUUUCGUUCGCUUUUUGGUUGUUGAAAUUGCUAGGAAGCAGGGGCGCGAGGGGACUUUGCUUGCUUUUCGGUCGGAGAAGAAGAAGGGUUGGAAGUAUUCUAAGGGUUCAAUCUAA